UUUCGGACCGCAGGAGGAGCUGCGGCGGGCCGGUUUGGCCCCCAGGCCUCCAGUUUGGCCUGAAUGUGAGGAAGAGGAGAGGCGAUGAAGAGCUGAUGUCAUCAGGAGGCUGGAGGCGGGGCCAGAGGGGGUAAGUAGAAAUACCCCGGGGCGGUUGUUCCCUCUCAGAGCUCCAGCUGCAGCGCCUCCAUCAUGGCCUCCUUCUCCUCCUCCGCCCGCUGCGCCUCCUCCUACCGCCGCACCUUCGGCCACGGCGCCUACGCCUCGCCGUCCCUCAACCGCUCCUUCCUGGGCCCCGCCGCCGCCGGAGGGGCCCACGUGACCUCCAGGGUGUACGAGGUGACCCGCGGCUCCGCCGUGCCGGCCUACCGCCCCCUGGGGGCCGCCCGGCCGUCGGCGGGACGCUACGGCGGCCUGGGGGAGACGCUGGACUUCAGCCUGGCGGACGCCCUCAACCAGGAGUUCCUCGCCACGCGGACCAACGAGAAGGCGGAGCUGCAGCACCUGAACGACCGCUUCGCCAGCUACAUCGAGAAGGUCCGCUUCCUGGAGACACAGAACCAGGCGCUGGUUCUGGAGGUCCAGCGGCUCCGGGACCGGGAGACCCCACGCAUCGCCGACCUCUACCAGGACGAGAUGAACGAGCUGCGCCGGCAGCUGGAGGUCCUGACCAAUCACAGGGCCCGGCUGGAGGUGGAGAGGGACAACCUGGUCGACGACCUGGACAAGGUCAAGAUCAGACUGCAGGAGGAGGUCCAGCAGAAGGAAGAAGCAGAGAACAGCCUCGCUGCGUUCAGAGCUGACGUGGAUGCCGCCACUCUGGCCCGUCUGGACCUGGAGAGACGCAUCGAGACGCUGCAGGAGGAGAUCGCCUUCCUCAAGAGGAUCCAUGAAGAGGAGAUCCGGGAGCUGCAGAACCAGAUGCAGGAGACGCAGGUCCAGGUCCAGAUGGACAUGUCCAAGCCGGACCUGACAGCGGCGCUGAGGGACAUCCGGGCCCAGUACGAGGGCAUCGCUGCCAAGAACAUCGCCGAGGCUGAAGAGUGGUACAAGUCCAAGGUUUCGGACCUGAACCAGGCUGUCAGUAAGAACAACCAGGCACUGCAGCAGGCCCGCCAGGAGACGCUGGAGUUCAGGCACCAGAUCCAGGCCUACACCUGCGAGAUCGACUCCCUUAAAGGGACGAACGAGUCCCUGCUGAGACAGAUGCGGGACAUGGAGGAGCGCCACGGGCGCGAGGCCAGCAGCUUCCAGGACACGGUGGCCCGGCUGGAGGCUGAAAUCGCCACCAUGAAGGACGAGAUGGCACGCCACCUGAGGGAGUACCAGGACCUGCUGAACGUCAAGAUGGCGCUGGACGUGGAGAUCGCCACCUACAGGAAGCUGCUGGAAGGCGAGGAGAGCAGGAUCGCCCUGCCCAUGCAGAGCUUCUCCACACUGAGCUUCAGAGAAACCAACCCAGAACCGCCGCUUCGCUCCGCAGAGACCCACUCCAAGAAAACGGUUCUGAUCAAGACCAUCGAGACCCGAGACGGAGAGGUGGUCAGCGAGUCGACGCAGCACCAGCAUGACGUCAUGUGAGGAUCUGCAGGAAGGACAGACGACACGACGCUCCGCCGCGCUCUGACCAACUCAAACUAAUAAAGCUGAACUAAACACAGCGCUAGCAUUAGCAUUAGCUUGCGCCGAUUUCAUUCUGCGGUGAAACGAGUCGUUUUUCUCUGGUGGAUUUUCAUAAGAAAACUCAGAUGAUCUGAGAAACGUGUUUAUGGUUCCUGUUCGUUUAUUAAUGGAUGGAAAUCUAAUCAUUAAAGUAAAAUUUAGGCGUUAAACUGACAAAUAAACGUGAUCAAUUAUGGAGCAUCAAAAGUGCCACAAUCCAUUCACUUCUUAAAAUAUGUUAACAUCUGUGAUCUUUAAUUAAAGAAUAUAAACAUUUGAUUCAAUAGUUAUUAAUUAUUUUUAAACGUCAUUAUCUAAUAUUUCUUGAAAUACGUCAAACUGACACUAACGUCUGAUUGGUUGGCAUGAAUAGCAACAAAACCACAGACCAAUCACCAUGCGCAGAGCAGAGUUAGCCCCGCCCACUGACUGAGUUGAAAAAUGAAACUCCUGAUUUAUGACAAUGAUUAUAUAGAAAAAUAGCUGCAGUAAUUAUUUAUCCUUUUAAAAUGAAAAACUUUCUAGAUUAUUAUUCUAUUUUUUAAAAUAAUUGAUAAAUAUAGAUAAUGUGAGUAAUUUUUUAAAUUGAUCACAUUUACAAACAUAUUUAUGAACAAAAUAUUUCCACUACUUUAAAUAAUUCAUUAGAUUACAGUUUACUUAAAUUGAUUAAAAAUUUUACAUUUGUAUUUUUGUUUUGGUAAAGUUUUUGAUCUUGAAUUCAAGCAGUAAAAAUCAAUAAUUGAUUAAAUAUUUUUGAUGUUUAAAUGAUUGCUGCAUUAAUAUUACAGGACAUUAACGAGCUGAAGAUCAAAUAUUAAUCAGAAGUGAUGAUUUUCUGCUGCUGAUUGUCUGUGACGAUAAUAAAACUAUUUGAAUGUU